UUACCUGACAAACAUAUGUUCUCAUUGGUCGGCUAGAUGAAUAUACAAACGGACACUGACACAGCAAACGGAUGCAACAGGUGCCCAAACUAUGUAAUGCUAGAUGAACAGCAUAAAAUCAAACUGCUAGACACAGGGGGGGAACCCAUAAGUUUCAAUUUCAACAUCCUGUUACCCUCUCUUCUGAUACCCCAUUCCAUAUCUAACAUAAAGUCUAGAGCGUAACUAGCACACCUAAGAAGACGAAAGAGGCAUGAGACCAUGAUCACCACCAACACCCGUCAAAGUGCUGUUAGCAGCGGAGGAUCAGCAACAGCAGCGACAAGCCAUCAACGAACCGCUUCCAUCUCCGCGCUGCCCACCCGCCAACCCAACAACACCACUAGCCCAUCACAAAGCCCAAAGCCAACCAACCAGAAGACCGCGCUCCCGCAGCACUUCAUCGUGCGCCCCGGCGUGACCAAGCACACGGCCUCGGGCACGGUCACGAUCCCGGGCCCGAUCGUGCCCCUCGUCGCCGUGGACCAGCUGCCCGAGUGGCUGGACCUGUUCGGCGUGCCGCGGGAACUGAGCCUCGAGCAGACGGUCGGGCUGACCAACCUGGGCACCGCCGUGCGCAGCCCCGAGUUCUACGACGUGUACAUGCACGGCGACGGCUUCCGACCCGUGCCUGUGGGGGCAGCGAGCGGUCGUGACAACCAGGAUUUCAGACGGGAGGGCCAGGGUCAGCGCCGAGAGGACAAGAACAAUGCUCUGCUUGUCCCCUCGGGUGUGUGCACAUCCGGCCCGCCUUCCGCUUCGUCGUCUACGGUGUCGUCGCCAGUGUCCCCGUUGAGUUCACGUAUGGAUCUCGCUGCGAAAAGCGUCCCUGGCAGCAACCAAGCAUACAUCAACGAUCCCGACAAGAAAGCCAGUGGAAACACCACCAACAACAGUACCGCCAAAAAACCACCCAACACAUCCCCCCAACCCUCCGGCAUCAUGAAUCUAGGCCUACACCAGCGCCUCCCCUCGCCCACAGCAACAGGUAGCACGCCUCCAAUAAGCAGCAACCCAUACCCAAUCCUACACCCAUCAUACCCGCACCCACAACUCCACCCCCAAGCCUAUCCGCCAUCACACCCGCACGCAGCGUACGCAAUCCCGCCUCUCCCAGCACCUCCAUCCAUGCACCCAGCAGACCGAAUGCUCUACUCCUGGAACCCGCCCUCCGUCAACGCGCGCAAAUCCAACGCCACGACACGCCCAAAGUCCAGCACGCCUAACACUUCGAACCCUUCCCAUCCCAACAACAACCCCAACUCCAACGGCGCGGGAGGCAGUAGUAGUAGUAACAGCGUAUACUGCAAACACUGGUGCCACCGCGGCACCUGCCGCUGGGGCGCGCAGUGCCGGUACGCGCACGCGAUGCCGGCGACGCCCGAGGGUCUGCGCGAGGUCGGGCUCUCGCACCACCCGGCGUGGUGGACGACCGCGUUUAACAUGGCGUACGGGUCCGGCGGGUUCGGGGCCUGGUAUCCGCCUCCUCCGCCUCCGCCGCAUUUAUCGUCGACGUCGGCUUCGGGGAAGCAUUACGGGCGGAAGGCGCAGAAAGAGCGGGAGCGGGAGCGGGAGAGGGAGCAGAGGGAAAGGGAGAGGGAGAGAGAAAGGGAAAAGGGGGCUGAGAGGGAAGUGGGCAAGGGUAAGGAGAAAGAUAGGGAUAGGGAGGAUGGGAGGAAGGGGAAGGUGGUUGAUGGGGAUGGGAAUAGGGGGGCUGUAGCUGAGUCGAGUGGAAGAUCGGAGGGUGCUAGUCAGCUGAAGAAGGACGGUACGGAGGGAAAAGCGGGAGUGGUUGGUCAGGAGCAGAGGAAGCCGGAGCCGCCAAAGGAAGAGCCGAAGCUGGUUGAGAUCUAGCUGCGUUAUUAGAAGUCAAUUGUAUUCUGGGGUGUUUAUUGACCGAUUCAUAAAUCUUCAGCAUUCCUAUAACCUGUUACUAUUGGCCGAAUAUGCAUGGUUAGCGUCGGUA